UCUCUCUCUCUCUCUCUCUCUCUCUCUAUAUAUAUAUAUAUAUAUCUACUUUUAUAUCUCUCUAUAUAAGGUGCCCAUCAGUUCAAGGUGGCGGCUUUUUCUUGUGAUCAGUUUCAUUGAUUGGAAGAUAUGAGAGCCUUAGAACAAUUUGAUGCUUCUCAAACCCAGUCAUCAUCUUCUUCAUCUUCUUCCAUUGAUAGCAACAACCACCCUUCUGUGACACCACCACCACCACCCUCUCCCUCUUCAUCUCUCUGCCUCUCUAGUGUCUGCAGAAGAAACAGAACAGAUUUGAGCACUGACUUGAAACUUGGUCUCAGUAUCUCUCAUUCUUCUCAAUCAGAGUCAGCAUUCAAUUCAACACCACCAAGGGAGGAAACAUUUGACUGGCCACCAAUUAAGUCCACAUUGAGGAGCACCCUGGUUGAGAAACAAAACCAUCGGAGCCAGACACCUUCUUUGUUUGUCAAAGUCUACAUGGAAGGAAUCCCCAUUGGUAGAAAACUAAACCUGUUGGAACAUCAUAGCUAUGAUGGGCUUGUAAAAUCCCUUGGCCACAUGUUUAGGACCAUCAUUCUCUGUCCUAACUCUCAACCAAACAACUCUGGGAAUUUUCAUGUGCUGACUUAUGAGGAUCAAGAAGGGGAUUGGAUGAUGGUUGGAGAUGUGCCUUGGGAGAUGUUCUUGACCAGUGUGAAGAGGCUGAAGAUCACAAGAGCUGAUAGAUGCUAAUUUUUCAAUAAUGCAUUCAAUCUCUGACUACACAAGCUCCACCUCAAUUUUCAAUGUUCAUAAAUUUUUACUAGUUAUUAGUUAGAGGCUGAGAGGUUGGGCAAAACCAGUAGAAAUUCCACAGAAAAAACAAUGGCUUCCAUGAUUAUCAUUUAUCAUAGCUACAUACACACAACAAUAUAGACAUGAGUUUAGAGUCUCAUAUUGUUUAAGAAUGAGUCAAUUGAUAACAAUGUAAGAAAUGAGACACACGUAUGCGGUGUUUUAAAGUCUUAAAAUUUUGAGUAAAGAUGAAGUGUAUGAUUCUCUUACUAUAAUCUCUUUUUUGUCAAAUUAGUGCAAGCUCUCCUGCUGUAAAUUCUCAAUUCAGUCCAUAGCAUAGCUACAGUGUUUAUUCUCUGAGUUUUUUUUGGUGGGAAUGGGAUCUAACAAAUUUCCACCUUGUUUUGGAACUAUGCCAAUUAUAUUGUAGUCAUUUGGUAUUUUGCUUUACCCUUUUAGCAAUCUU